AGAGGGGGGUGAGAGACAGACAGAGAGAGCAGGACUCAAAAUUAGGAUAUGAGAGAGAGAGAGAGAGAACUUGGAGAGAAAACACUCCGCUGUGUGGAGCCCGCUGGGUCUCGACAUACAAUAAAUUAUCAAUAAUCAGGAUCUGGUGCAGCUUUGAACGUCAACACCAAACUAAAAUGUGCCCACCGUUCCCACAAAACGCUGUUAUUCCACUUCAGCCACAGGAGCAUGCGAACAUCUAAAAUCAGUGCGUAUAUAAGGAUGACAGUGUCAGGCAGAUGCGGCACAUGUACAGUUUGAACGCUUGCGAGCACGUGUCUGAAUGCACGCAUGUAUUCAUACACACACACAUGUCAGUGUGAAGACACACACAAAAUGUUCCUGUCAAAUGUGACAGCACCAAUAGAAGAAAACUUUUCCGCCACAUGGUGGUCCUCUGACGUCACUGCAACGCGAGGCCUUCCUCCCUGCACACACAACCCAGUCACAGCAGCAAAACGCAGUAUGCAGUAUGUGUGGCAAUCUGCAGGCCUGCAGUUGCCAUGGCAACGUAGACACGCAGCACAGGCUUUGACAGCACUGUGUAUUAUUAGUCGGCGUGUUGACACUUUUCCAUUUUCUUCCAUUCUCUGUGAGUCACCUUCUUCUCAUCCCAGAGAAGAAGGUGACUACUGUGUUGUGUAAUGCUGCCAGGUGAACACUAGGGGAUGUGAUCAGAAAAGGAAGAGCGCUUGUGCUAUUAUUACAUGUACUGGAUACAUUUAUCAUUAAAGACGCACAGUUAAAAGUAAGUUUCUCUUUUUUUUAGACGAUCAAAGCUUAACUAUCGUCUGCAUCUUUUGUACAAAUAGAUAGUAUCAACAGAGCUAAAACACCAAAAGUAACACCAGGAAAUACUUAAUUGUUUUCACUGACUUAUAGCAGAAGUACAAUAGUGUGUUGUCUAUUAUAUGUUUUAAGGUUGUUGGUUUUUUUUAACUCAUGGGCUAUUCUGCCAUCUACUGGCCCAAGUGUGUUACAGUCACCUUUGGAUCUGACAGUAGACAACUGAUUUCUGUGGGCUGACACUUUUUGAAGACAUUUGUGGCCACACUGGAAUAACUGACGAUAUCUUUUAUAUUUCAUUAGUGGAUGACAAUCGAACUGAGAGUUGCAACCCAGUGUAGCAGCAGUUUGUGAUUCGUUGUUUCAGAUCUAAAAUUCUUCCUCCUCUCCUCUGAUGACUUAAGAAGGAGCUCACGUGUAAAAAAAAAAAAAAAAAAAGUUUACCAGACAGAAUCAACAUUGGUAUGUAAUGUAACAGUUACACUGUUGUCAAAGGUCAGUGGCUGCAUGAGCCUGCACCUUUUGAGUGUGCAGAAAAUCUCUAUGCUCUGUUGUGUUGUUGUUUUUAAUUUACAUUUUUUUUAAUGAAUUAUUGGGAGUAAUAGGCUUUACUCAUGGAUGACAUUUGGUUACGUCACAGUGAGAUGAGCACAGAUGGACAAGUCGGUCACCAGCACAUCACAGAUUCAUAAGUAAAUCACAGAAUUAAUGACGGUUGAAUUUCAUGCAACUGCUUCAGUUUCAGGGUCCUGGUGCUGAACACGCUGAGUCACUGUUCCACAGUGCACUGGGACACCGAUGUUAUCACUAUCCUACUCUGACAUUUCAUGGAGGGAUAUUUGUGUUUAUGUAAAUCAGUAUGAGAUAAAUUCACACAUUCUUUUUCAGAGCUUAUUCCAUUAGAUUGUGUUGAGUCACAAUGUGGAAGGUAAUUUGCUUUUAUUGAAAAGUAGUAGUAGACUUCAUUCAGCACUGGUGAACGCAUGCAAACAGACAUAAAUUGUAUUAAAUUCAUUAAAAGUAAUCACCACUGUCAAUAUUAGACCACCAUAAUUUUUUUUAAAAUGCAGUCAGAUUCGGUCUUUCCUGUGACUGCUGUACAACUGAGGCAAAACAACUUCAGAUCUCAGUUAAUAGCCAAACAAGUCAGUCUUAGUAACAAUUAGCAGCAACUGUCAGUUUUAAUGAAUGUCUAUAUUUUAUUUGUGGUAAAAUGUGUAAACAUUUAGACCCACAUACAUUGUGAAAGAAAAGAGAAAAAUCUGUAAUUUAUAAUUAUUAUAUUAGCACAGAGGGACGGUUGUCACAAAUAGACCCAGAUAAAGACACUCACUGCACACUGGAUAUCAAAACAUAUAAGAUAUUCCUGCUUUGAAUAUUAACUUGGCUCUGUUUUGACACAAAAAGUCAAUAUUGGACGACACUGACCUCCAGACUAGUUGUGAAUUCUGGUGAUAGGUUUACACUUUAAACUCACAUUUAAGGUGAAAUUAAAGAAAAUUUCCCCACAAGUGUAAAGCCACGUGUCAGAGAAAAAAAAAGAAGUAAAGAACAUCACCAACACCUAAAUGUUCAAAUGACGUAACAAUAAAAAUAGGACAUUUAUUUUUGAGUGGAGGUGAACUCAACACAAACAGCCUGAAGACUGCACAACCAAUCAAAUUUAAACUUCUGACCUAUUUAAAAAAAAAUAUAUAUAUAUAUUUUAGCUUCUUCCUCCACAAGGUGGCGCCAUCGUCUCAACAAUGUCUCCAAGAAUAUGCAAACGCCACAUAGGAGCAGAUAGUUUGCAGAAAGUCAUAUGAGAGAACUCCAGCUGUGGAUUAGUUCAUCAGGACGUGACGCUUCAUCCACAGUGUAACGCUCCACACUGGCCACAUGGUGGCAGUCUCACCUUCACUGAUACGUCUCAUGCUUGGCUGUUUGCAGUCAGAAGGGGUUACCUCAGUGGUGGAUUCACAGUGACAUCUCAAUUUCACUUUUUAUCCUCGUUGGCAUCGGGGCCAAUGCUGACUCUGCUCGUGUCCAAGGGGAAUGGCGGGGAGGAGGUACAUCCUGUAGACAGGUGAGUACAGGCCUGUGUGCUUUAACCAACCUUCCCGUCUGACGCUGCUAUACGGUCCACGCCAAAACUCACGUUUGUCUGUCUGUGCUACUCGUGAACUGUGCCAAACCUCUACUCUCAAAGGCACUUUAUUUGAAUGAAUGGGUUGUGAUAUAUGACAGUGGACAAGUUGGGCUGCGUGUCCGUUUUUGCGUCGCACUUAUCACGUUAUACGCUGGAAAUCGGGACGGGACCAGACCUACAUGCGCGCUUCCCCGAGUUAAUUAAGACGCCCCCCUGAUUGGCCAGGCACAUAAUCCCGGCGGGGCCCCGCGCUCCUACUAACUUGCGAGCAGGGGCAGAGCAAGGCUCACAAUCUGCCCAAGGCGAGGGAGGGCGAGGAAGAGGAGAGCGACUUGUACACGAGAGGGACACACACGCGCGCGCACACACACACACACACACACACGCGCGCGCGCACACGAGCGCUCCGGUCUCAUCGCCGAGCCCCGUGCAGAUGAAGUGUCGCUGAACGUGGGCUACAGAUGCGCGCAACAAGGGGCGAGCGCAGUGCACAGAGGAGGUGAACGAACGCGCGUCCGGGCUCGGCUUCACAUCCACAGCCUCCUUCUCCUUGAAGAGUCGCUGCGCUGACAGGGGAGAGGAGUGAGUGAGCGAGGGGCAGGGAGAGGAACUCCUAGAAAACACCCGGCUCCCGGAGAGAAACGACGUGAGUACAACCCGCCGCCUUCGAAACAAAAGCUAGAGGACAGAGGGGGCGCCGCGGAAGAGUAGACUUUUUUUCUUUUCUUCUUCUUCUUCUUCUUCUUCUCCUGGUCCGAAUCCGCUGUUGGUCGAGAAGAGCAAUGAAUGCCAGCGACGAGAACCUGCUCAAGUCCAUCAGCAACGACGCGCUCCUCGACCUGACGCAGCGCUACGGCCAGGGCGCCUUCGGGUUCGGCCCCGGCCACGUCGCCGGAGGUCCCGCGCGGUUCCCGCUCACGCCGGCCAACGACUUCCUGUCCGGGCAGACGGCGAAGUCGAACGAGAGCGGCGGGGAGCACACGAGCGACGACGAGGACGGCUUCGACUCGCUCGACUCCCGCAAGAGGGGCCCGCCGUUCGGGGACGACAAGCCCGGGGGCCCCCUCACCAAGAAGUCCAAGGAGCAGCGGUCGCUGCGGCUCAGCAUCAACGCGCGGGAGAGGAGGAGGAUGCACGACCUGAACGACGCGCUGGACGGCCUGCGCGCCGUCAUCCCCUACGCCCACAGCCCCUCGGUGAGAAAACUCUCCAAAAUCGCCACCCUCCUCCUGGCCAAGAACUACAUCCUCAUGCAGGCGCAGGCCCUGGAGGAGAUGAGGCGGCUGGUGGCGUACCUCAACCAGGGACAGACCAUAACUUCCCCGGUGCCCGCCGCCCUGGCCCCGUUCGGACAGGCGGCCGUCUACCCGUUCUCGGGCUCUGCUGUCGCCACCUGUGCCGAGAAGUGCACCACUUACUCCGGCACGCCGUCGAGUCUCUUCAAACACUGCAACGACAAGCCUUGAUUCGGUGUUAACUCCCUUUUUCUUGAACUUUUACCUGUCUACAUGCACCCGUGUCGCCCCCUCCCCUCCCCCCAUUCGAGUCAUUUUCAAAUCUUUUUUUUGUGGAAAAAAAAACCAACUAAAAAACAAUCUUAGUCGAAUGCAUAUAAUCUUAAAGUAUGGUUAAGUAAUUAUACUGCAAUGUUUCAUCCCGGUUUAAUUGUUUAGGGCCUUCUUACAGGAUGAAGUAACAAAAAAAAAGAAGGAAAGAAAAAAAACCCUGUCACUUUCUCUCACGCUGCACUUCGCCAUGACUGCAGGCCAUGUCCAGUUUAUAAGGUUGGGUCAAAUUUCAGAAAUGUUCAGUCAUCAGCUCUUAUUUGUAAUCUAUGCAAGAUUCAAUAACAAGUAUUAUGAGAAAAGUAGAAAUGCCGAGAGAUGCGCUCUGAUCUCGACAUUUACAUUUAAUUAAGCAUUUAUGAAAGAACUUCCCUCGACUGACUGUGCUGAUGUUAAAUGGGGGAAAACAUGUAUUAUUGGCUGAUAUUUUUUUCUGAAACGACGUGUUCACAAGGUUUUUUAAAAAUGAUUUUAUUUAUUUUAAGUUAUUGCACAUUUCACAUGAUUGUAUUGUACAACUGUGGGAAAAAAAAUCACUUUGCUCCAAGCCCGGCUUCACUAUAAUGGUUCGACAACAUGUACACGGAAAGAAGCGUUUUUGGUUGUGUUGCAACAUGGAUUUCAUAUAUUGUUUAUAUGUCUUUAUAAUUAAAACACAUAUCUAUG